UACUUGACUGGAGUCUAUCACUUUCUAAAAGACCUCUAUUCUGACUUUGAUGCCAGUCACAAACAUCCCAUGGUGCAAGCUACUAUCCAUGGCUCAAGAAAGACAAGAGAUGAUCCCACAUCCCAAAAACUACCCCUUCAAUUAUUCUAUUUGAUCACCUUUUGUCUUCUCACUAACAUCUCAGAUUCUUAUGAUGACCUCCUAUUUGCCACCAUUCUUGCUUGCUACUUUUAUGGCUGUCACCAGUCAGGUGAGCUUAUUUGGAAAAAUGACAAACAACUUCAGGACUUUCACAAAAUAAUCAAACAUUCUUCCUUCAUUCUCCAAAAGAAUAAUAUACAAUAUCAUCUUCCUUACAACAAAUCUGAUCUCUUCUACUAUGGCACUGACAUCCUACUCAUAUGA